AUGGUGUCGCAUUUAAGUAAUGAUGAGUUCUUCUCGAAACUCGCUCCUCUUUUUGAUUCUCGACGGGAAAAAGAUCAUGGUUCUGUUUUCUUGACACAGAAACGUUAUAGCUAUGACUCGGCCUCCGAUGUUUCCACAACCGCGGCGCUACCUCCCGGCGACGAUGUCGAUAUGAAUGCUCUCAACGAUGUCCUCACUGCUCAAUUCCCAGACCUUUCACGCGAUGCCCCUAUGCCACUUCUCAUUCGCGCCACAAAUGGCAAAGGCAAAUCUAAACGUUCAGAAAAGACAAAACUGUCCACCGUCGUCCAGCCAGAUCAAUUAGAUUCCUUCUUCGCUAGAUAUGCAGAAAUAUGUAAGGGUGGCAUGAGUGCGCUGAAGAAGAGAGAUAGAAGUAAAGCAAAAGAGAAGCUUAAGGCAAAGAAAAGAAAGAUAGGCACCACUUCUGCUGUUGCUCCAGGAGACGAGAAGAAGUGA